AUGAUCGAGAUCAAGGAGAAGUCGAAUCAGGUGGCAUACUACAUGUCCCAUCAUCCUGUUCAGAAACCUGACAGCACCACCACCAAGUUGAGGGUAGUCUUCGAUGCUUCUUGUCGGACAACUUCGGGGGUUUCGCUUAACGAGGCAAUUAUGCGCAUCCUGUGGAGGUUCUCACCAGACGAACCUGUGAAGUCGUACCAGAUGACAACGGUCACUUAUGGAACUGCGUCAGCGCCAUACUUGGCAACCAAAUCCCUCCAACGUUUGGCCCAGGACGGUGAGAGCAGCUAUCCAGCAGCAGCAGCAGCAGUGAUCAAGAAGGAUGUUAAUGUCAAUGAUCUGAUGACAGGAACUGAUGAUCCUGAAGAAGGUGCCCAGCUGGUAUCAGCUGUCAAUACUUUGACCAACUCUGCAGGAUUCGUUCUUCGGAAAUACUGUUCGAAUAGUCCUGAAAUAUUGUCGAAAAUCUCUCCAGAGCUGCGAGACGAAAGGACAACACUCGAGCUUGAUUCGUCGACAGCGACAGUAAAGACGUUAGGAUUACUCUGGGAACCAUCAUCGGACAGCUUCAAAUUCGCAGUGCCAGUCUACGAUAUGAAGAUUUUUUGGGAGGAGUACCGCCGCAAUUUGAUUGCUUUAGAAUCGUUUUCUGUGCCCAGGUGGACGGGCUAUUUAAACAACUUGACCAGUGUAGAGCUCCACGGUUUCUGCGACGCUUCAGAAGCCGCAUAUGGAGCAUGUAUCUACCUUCGCUGUACAUCAGAUAAAGGGUCAAUCACAGUUCGGCUCGUCACAGCAAAAUCUAAGGUAGCACCCUUAGAAGAUUUGGCUCGCAAGAAGAAAAAGCAAUCGAUUCCCAGAUUAGAACUAUCAUCUGCCCUUCUAUUGGCCCACCUGUACGACAAGCUGAGGCAAAGUAUUCCAUUCACGAUCUCUGCGUAUUUCUGGACCGACUCCAUGAUUGUCAAGUACUGGCUCGCUUCACUUCCAUCCAGAUGGCAAUCAUUCGUGGGCAACAGAGUGUCGGAAAUACAACACAUCACCAAAGGCGGAAUUUGGAAUCACAUCUCAGGGACAGAGAACCCGGCAGACAUCAUCUCCAGAGGCAUGAGUCCGGCGCUGCUGCAAUACCAGUCACUGUGGCUGGAGGGCCCCAGCUGGUUGAAAUUCGAAAGAUCCGCCUGGCCAACAAUCGUUGAACACCCAUCAGAAAUCGACAACUCCAUGCUCGAAGAAAAACCAGCAGCAGCUUUGCCAGUUCAAGCUCAUCCACCAAGUUUUAUAUUCGAAUUGCAUUCCUCGUUGCCACGUCUUGUUCGAAUUGUUGCUCUGCUGCAAAGAUUCAUUCACAACUCAAAGAAGCAGAAUCGUGAUACCAAACGCAUCGGCCAAGUAUCACUGGAAGAAGUUGACGAAGUUUUGCAAGCACUAGUUAAAUUAUCCCAACGUGAGACGUUUCCCGAGGAGCUGAAAGCUAUGCGUACGAACCACGACAUUAGAACAUCAUCCCCCCUUUCUUCGUUGAAUCCUGUACUCGUGGAUGGAACAAUGCGCGUCGAUGGCCGGCUGCGCCACGCUGCUAUUUCGGAAGACAGGCGACAUCCGUUUAUUUUACACCCGAAACAUCCUCUGACCAAAACCAUCAUGCGUCACUAUCACCUGAAGAACUUUCAUGCGGGACAACAGCUGUUAGUAUCGACAGUUCGCGAGCGAUUUUGGCCAAUUCACAUCGUCAGUUUGGCUCGCAAGGUGAUAUUUGAAUGCGUGUCAUGCUUCCGGAACAAACCCAAGGUGCAGAAACAACUGAUGGCAGAUCUCCCUCCAGAACGGGUGAAUCCGGACUUUGUUUUCAACAAGGUCGGCGUUGAUUUGGGAGGUCCCUUCUACAUCAAAUAUUCAGUUCGGAAAACAGCUCCAAUUAAAUGCUUCAUAGCCAUUUACGUUUGCCUGGUGACCAAGGCGGUCCACAUGGAAAUUGUCGCUGAUCUGUCCACCCAAUCCUUUCUCGCAUCAUUCAAGCGGUUCACCGCUAUUCGGAGCACUCCCAAGUUAGUAAUGUGCGACAACGCCAAGAACUUCGUCGGCGCUGAUCGCGAGCUUCGAGAGUUGAAGCAACUCUUCGUUGACCAACAAUUCCAACGCACCAUAAUCACCGAAGCCGAGGUAGAUGGCGUUGACUUCAAAUUCAUCCCUCCCCGUUCUCCCAACUUCGGAGGCCUAUGGGAGGCGGCCGUCAAGUCAUUUAAGCGGAAUUUUCGUAGAACCAUCGGCAACAAUCCUCUUACGUACGAUGAACUUCACACCGUAGUCCAUCAAAUCUCUGCCAUCUUGAACUCUCGGCCUCUAACUCCACUUAGCAACGAUCCCAACGACUACCAAGCGCUUACUCCGGGACAUUUCCUAGUCGGCCGACCCAUGACUGCAUUCCCAGAGCCUGAUCUUCAAGACCUUCCACUAAACAGACUGUCUCUGUGGCAAGAGAAGGAAAUGUUCGUGCAGCGGAUCUGGCAAAUGUGGUCUACAGAAUAUCUGUCAAAUCUACACAACCGUACUAAGUGGACGAAGAAGCGCAACAAUAUACACGUCGGAACGAUGGUGCUGAUUAUGGAAGAAAAUAUGCCGAAACAAAGUUGGUGCCUAGGCCGUGUUAUCAGCUGCAUUCCAGGCCCAGACGGACACGUUCGAGUAGUGCUGGUGAAGACCAAGGAUACCACCCUCAAACGGGGAAUUUCGAAGAUCUGCGUCCUAUCAAUACGGGACAACUUCGACGAAUUACCAUCGCAGGAGCACUCGUCAAUUAUUUGA